GCGUGCGCAUUCGCAUCGGUCGCGUGUGCCGCUCGUCCGCGUUCGUUCGCGCGCCCGACCUUGCGGAUCAGCUGAGCUUCCCGACCCGGUCGAUACGAUAAAUUGUGGCUGUGAGUGCGUGGUCAGUUCCCCGACGAGAAACUCCCGCCGCCGUCGUCGUCCGCCAACCUCACGACACAACCUCACUCGACUCAACCCUCAACCGCGGUAGACGCCUUUACGCGAUACAUAUCUGUGCUGUGAUACGCUUUAACCUAGCUCGUAACUUCGGCCCCCCUUUUCAGACUGUCUUUAUUCGCGAUUUAAGCAAAGAGCGAGAUUGAAAGUAAAUCUAUGAUUGCAUAGUGAGUGAUAGAGCGGGUGAUAUGAAUGGGUUUCCUCGGAAGUGAGUGGUACCACACACAUAAAUACAGACUUACGGAUAACGCGGUUCGAUAGUUCCUACAGGAGGGUGAUUAGCUGUUCAAUUUUAUUUACUGCUCAUGCCGGUGUUUUUCGGCCGCACCGUCAUUCCACGCCACGAAUCGUAAAUCGUAAAUCAGCAUCGUUCCUCGACUUCGGGCCAAUGAUCAGUCUCCACCGACCCGAUCAGACCGAUCGAAGUGACCGCAAACUGACCGCCCGUUCAAGCUUGAAAAGGACUUCGAAAAGUAUUUGUAUACACUCGUUCGAUCAUUCGUAACUCCUCGGAGUUCAUGGAGAGGUUGCGUCGACCCUUUGGUGUUCUGUGUGCCUCUUGGAUAGCUCUGAAACCCACGGAUCGGUUUUGAUGUGUCGUGCGUGCUCGAGUCCGCACAUCGUCAGCGAACCCAGUGACCGUCCGAGUUGACUGUAGAGAGACCAUGGCACAAGAAAAAACGGAUGCGGCGCUCCUGGACGCGGAACGCGGGGAACAGGAUCGGAGCUUGGACUUCAACGCCAUCAAGUUGGAAAUCGCCAACGGCGGCAAGAAAGCCGAUAAAGGCGACGAGGAGAAGGACUAUGAACUCGUGCCCCCGGACGGGGGUUGGGGGUGGCUCGUGCUGUUUGGGACCCUCAUCGUCAACCUCCUCGUCCCGGGGAUGAUCAAGUCUUUCGGGGUGCUGUACGUCGAGAUCGGGGAGCAGUUCCAAGUUUCCAACGCUGUCGCAUCCUGGAUCCCGUCCAUCUGCUACUUCCUCUACUGUUCGCUGAGCCCUUUAGCCAGUUAUUUAUCAAGCAAAUAUUCUUACCGUGCUGUGGCCCUACUCGGAGGACUGAUAGCUUCAUUAGGGAUAAUUCUGAGCUCUUUUGCAACGACCGUCACUCAUCUUGUUCUAUGUUUUGGAGUGAUGCUUGGAGCAGGCGCAGGAUUGUCGUUCCCGCCCGGAAUUUUCAUCACGACCUCUUACUUCGUUAAAUAUCGUGGUUUCGCCAACGGCAUUGCUAUAUCCGGCAGUGCCCUCGGAUCUAUGUUCCUACCCGCAUUUAUUGGAUACCUGCUUAAUAAUUAUGGAUAUCGAGGCGCUGUCUUGAUCAUAGGAGGUCUCACCCUGAACGUGCUGGUGGGCGCCAUGUUCUACCACCCCGUGGAGAUGCACAUGAAGAAGGUCUACGUGGACAAAUCCAAACGGAAAGAGGAGGAGAAAGACUCGAAGGCGGAGCAGCAGCCCUCCAACGACACGACGGACACGAAGCUCGAGACCAUCACCGACCAGAGCAGCUCCAACGGCUCGAUCAGCGCCCUCGUCAAAGAACUGAACCUCUCGCCUCCCACCGAGAUCAUCAGCAACGGGCUGGAGCAGUCCAAGUCCGACUACCUGCUCAGCAAAGACCGGGGUAAGAACCUCCCCCUCAUCCCCACCGACGCCAUCGCCUCCCCGCGGAAGAUCAGCGUCCGCUCCGGGGUCUACGACGGCCUCCCCAUCCAGAAGUUCGGGAGCACCGGCCAGGUCUUCCGCAAGAUCUCGGUCAACUCCAAGAACCCCUCGGUCGUCUACUACGUGCCGAGCUCUCGCGGCAAGCGGAAGAUCAGCACCGUCUCCUCCUCGUCGCUCCAGUACGUGAGCACGGCCUUCCACGGGAGCACGCUGGUCGGCCUGAACCCCGAGUACUCCUCCAAGUCGAAGAGGAGCCAAGGCUGGACCGUGCUGGACUGCUGCAAGCCGAAGAAGCCGGCGCCGACCAAGCCCCCGGCCAAGAAGAAGACGUCGACCCUGAAGGACGACUACUUGGCGCUCCUGCGCGACCCCAUCUUCAUCAUCAUCCUCAUCUCGAACGGCUCCAACGCCAUCGGGUACACCAACUUCACCCUCCUGCUGCCCAAGUACGCGGUGGACUUGGGCUACAGCAAGUCCCACGCCGCCUACCUCUUGUCUGUGAUAGCCGCCCUGGAUCUGAUCGGUCGAGUCGGCGGGGCCGCCCUCUCCGACUGGCUCAAGGUGAGCCGGAUCGUGUACUUCACCGGUGGACUCCUCGUCUCGGGCAUUUCCUUGUUCAUCCUCCCGCUCAUCCCGAGCUACGAGGCGAUGGCCUUCGUCUGCGCCAUCUUCGGCCUCGCCUCCGGCACCUACGUCGGGAUCACGGCUGUGGUCAUGGUCGAUCUCCUCGGGCUGGAGCGCCUCUCGCGAUCCUACGGGAUAACCCUCUUCGUCAACGGCGUGCUCCAGCUCUUCGGGACGCCCAUUUGCAAUGUGUUCUACGAGUACUUGGACUCGAACAAGAUCCUUUUCCACGUUCUCGGGCUUUCUCUCAUCUUCGGAGCGUCGGCGUGGCUCUACUACCCUUUCGUCAAACCCAAGCAGACUGAUGACUGAACUGUAUCCCAAGACUUUACAACGCUAGCUGCGUUGUAUGACUAUUGACUUUAUUUGUGUAUAUUUUGUUGUUGAAUUUUUGUGAAUAGAUCAUAGAAAUAUAUUUUUCUACGUGAUUGAA